UUAAUAACCAAUUAAUUAAAAACAUAUAAACAAAUAUACAAUGCCAACACAUAAAUGGAAAACAUUUCAAUGAACACACAAACUUUGUUGUCAUGAUAACAGUAUAUCUGGUUGUUCUGACUUCAUGUGUUAAAAUGAUUGUUUAAUUAUGGCAUGUCUUAAAUACUUAAUUUUAGAUAAUGGAUGCAUUUUUACAUCUGCUGUGUUUGCCUUUGGAUGGCAGUGUUCUCCAUGUAGCAAGUACAGUAUGGACUGCCAUAUUUUUGGCACAAGACCCUGAUAAACACAGGUAUUUAAGCGAGGUGCAGAUACUGGAGUAUGAUCAUCUGGUUGGAGCAGUCAAUGAGGGUGGAUUCCACUGGUCUCUUAUAGUUGUGCAACCGAAAGACAACAAAGUAUUGUACAUAAAUCCGAUGGUGGAGCAGAAUGUUUCCCAGCAACAGAUCCUGCAACAAUGGAUUAAAUUUGUGCACAUUCGGCGCUUAUCCAGCAUUGAUAUGGGCGGACCAAUACAUUGGAACAUACUCUGCCCACGUCAUGCAAAACAGUCAGAUUCAAUAUCUUGUGGUGUCUACGUUUUAAAGUAAGCAGAAUGCUACCUGCAGAAUCAAUCCCUAGAGUUUGUGCUCAGACAAACACAACUACUAGAAGAACGGAGACGAAUAGCCAGAAGACUGCUUUCUGAAGGGGAAUUCAUUGGAGGUCAUCUAGAAGAGAUAGCAAGUAGCCCAUCAGUCGAACAUGAGAACUCGGACCAGCUGGCAAACACCCCUGCCUCUGCCAUGGAGUUGGGGAGACACUGACCCAGUAGUCGAUCAUGUGGCAACAACUAGGAACUCGGACCAGCUGGCUAACAACCCUGCCUCUGCCAUGGAGUUGGAAGGGGGAGACACUGACCCAGUGGUAGAUCAUGUAGCAACAGCCAGGAACUCAGACCAGCUGGCAAACACCCCUGCCUCUGCCAUGGAGUUGGAAGGGGGAGACACUGACCCAGUAGUCGAUCAUGUGGCAACAACCAGGGAGUCAAGAUAUCCAGCCAGAGCGAGUACAUCAAAGGUUUGUGGCAGACAUUACCUGUUGACUUAUCAAAGAGGGAUGUAUUUAGCUUUACCCUCCCAUCAAAACAUGCACCUUUUCGCAGAGAGUCCAUUAUUUAUUAUUGACCUAAGAGUCAGAGAAACUCAUUGUCUGUGCAACAUGCCGGAUGAUGGAAGAGAGUACUGGCAGUGUGAAGGAUGCUUUAAAUGGUUCCACCGGAAUGUGUUGGUGAGUCAGUGGAACCAGAAAAGUACAAGUGCGCAUCAUGUUCACACAAGUGAACCAUACUAUUCUGUCGUAAAACAGUUGCGGGGAGUUAAAGAUCCCAACCUAAAAGCUUAUCUUGCGAAGGAUAAAUAGUGAGUCAAAGCGGACACAGUUGAUGAGGAAAUAUGCAUCCAGCAUUGGAAGCAAAAUUUUUCUUUAAAAAAAUACAAUUAAUUUAAUGAGGUAGUUUACAUAAUGCCCUGUCUGUUGGUUUGUUUGUUUGUGCAAACCUUAACAUUUGCAAUAACUUUUGCAAUAUUAAAGGUAGCAACUUCAUAUAUAGCAUGCAUGUGUAUCUCAAGGAUCUACACACUUUGAGUUGUGUAAGGUCAAGGUAUUUUUUUUGGGUAAAAUUGAUGAAUUAAUAUGACAUCUCUUUGCAAAUUGUUUAAAAAUUAAUACAUAACUUGUUUCAGAAACAUUGUUUAAUAACAUUCGAUUGUCAUUUAUUCGAAUUUGAAAGUUGUCAAAAGUAAUUAUUUCUCCCUAUACGGUAGCUUUAGGUAUUUGUGAUAUGUCAUAAGAAAACUAGUCUUCAUUGCAUUACAAAUUAAUGAAGCAUUCUUUACAUUUGCUUUUAUGACAAAAAAACCUAGUUUAGACUUGUAAAAUUGAUAAAAAUAAUUAUUUGAACAUAAAGUUUGACCAGAGUGAACAAUUUAAACACACAAGUUUAUAACGACGUGUAUCUUGUGCUUUGCAUUUGUUUAAAAGUUGCCUUAUAAUUGUGCGAAGCAUGUCUUCUCAAAUUAAAAAUGCAUCUUAUUCAAAGGUGAUCAGAACUAAAUGUGUUUUUUUUAAUAAUUCAGGGAUAAAAAAAAUCAGACUAAGAAACCAUAUACAAUAAUUCAUAGUCUGUUGUCUUCACAGAGAGAAACUUCAAUAAAAAAAUAUGCUGUCAUUUUAUAAUACCUUCGUGUUUGCCUCACGGUUGCCUAUUGAUUUGUUUUAAAAUAGGAAGUUUAUAAUGAGGUAUAUAACACAAAGAAAUUUCAUAUUUGAAUCAUUUUAUGCUCCUCUAAAAAAUUCUUGUCUGAGCUUUUUCUCAGCAACUUAUUACGGGAAUUCAAUGAAACUUUAUGGGAAGCUUCACUACCAAGAGGAGAUGUGCAUGUUAUCAGCCAGUUAUGGUCGGAUGAUUUUUCACAGAGUUAUGGCCCAUUGAAAUUUUCCAUUAACUGUACAUAUUGUGCAUUCUUGUUCGGGCUAUUUUAGCAACUAAUGUCUGCAAUUGAAUGAAACUUUAUGGGAAGCUUCACUACCAACAGGACAUGUGCAUAUUAUCAGCAAGUUAUGUUCGGAUGAUUUUUCACAGAGUUAUGGCCCUUUGAAAUUUUCAAUAUACUGUACAUAUAGUGCAAUUCUUGUCUGGGCUAUUUAUCCCCAACUAAUGACUUGAAUUCAAUGAAGUUUUAUGGGAAGCUUAACUGCCUUGAAGAGAUGUGCGUGUUAUUUGUGGGUUCUGGUUAGAUGAUUUAUUUAGAGACUUAUGGCCCUUUGAAAUUGUUAAGUUGCUAAACCAUCCAUCCUAUUAUUUUGUCCAAAGUUAUGCCCCUCAAGAUGUUUCCUUUUAUCUGAAUAUAUAGUGCAAUAUUGUGACCAAAAAAAACUUUGGGGAGCUUCACCCAUCUCUGACGGCUUGUUUUAAUUAAAUAUUAAUUGUAAAUCCCAUAUCACCUUUUAUCAUACUUUUUUGUAAUUUACAACUUGGUUUUUAACCAGGUUUUCCGAAGGAAAAAACUGGUUAUUAGAUUGGCGAAUGCGGGCGGGCUGGCUGGCGGGCUGGCUGGCUGGCUGGCGGAAUAAGCUUGUCCGGGCCAUAACUAUGUCGUUCAUUGUCAGAUUUUAAAAUCAUUUGGCACAUUUGUUCACCAUCAUUGGACGGUGUGUCGCGCGAAAUAAUUACGUCGAUAUCUCCAAGGUCAAGGUCACACUUUGAGUUCAAAGGUCAAAAAUGGCCAUAAAUGAGCUUGUCCGAGCCAUAACUAUGUCGUUCAUCGUCAGAUUUUAAAAUCAUUUGGCACAUUUGUUCACCAUCAUUGGACGGUGUGUCGCGCGAAAUAAUUACGUCGAUAUCUCCAAGGUCAAGGUCACACUUUGAGUUCAAAGGUCAAAAAUGGCCAUAAAUGAGCUUGUCCUGGCCAUAACUAUGUCAUUCAUUGUGAGAUUUUAAAAUCAUUUGGCACAUUUGUUCACCAUCAUGGGACGGUGUGUCCCACGAAAGAAUCACGUCAAUAUCUCCAAUGUCAAGGUCGCCACGACUAAAAAUAGAUUUAAAAAAAAAAAAAAACUUACAAAGGGGGUUCAUUUUUUUUGGUCAUUUCAAAAGUUCAGUUUGAGUUUUCUCCCUUUAUCAGAUUUUUUUUUCACAAUGAAAACCUGGUUUUGUGACAAUUUUGUCCCUUGUCUGACAAUUGUUUUCCUUGUUUUGUUUCAAAUAGGCAUGAUAUGGUUACUAUUAAAUCAACUUCAUAUGUUCUUCCCUUGUGAUAAGUAUUUUUUAUAUCUAUUUCUUAAUAUUUUUCAGUAGUAAUAAUGUCUAAGAUAGAAUGAAUAUCUGUUCUUUUAAAGGUUGUAACUGAUGCUCUAUUUCUUUUGGACAUGACAUGUUACUGUCUCGUUUGUACAGAGAUUCAAUUAAAUACUACAUUUUAUUAUGUGUGAUUCUAUUUUUGUGUUCCAAAUAGGCAGUCUGACAUAUUAGGUAUAUUGAAAACUCUUACAUAUAACAUUUGUAAGUAUCUGUUAUUAAUGACAGUUAAAUGAAACAAUGGUUGUAUAGUUGUGUAUAUUACAAAGUAUAAUUAUUGUUAUAUUUCGAAAUUAGAAUUAUGUUUAUAUUUUAAUUUUCAUACACUUUCAACUAUAAUUUGUAAUAGUGCCGUUGCUACUUAAAUUUUAUGUGGUUUGGAUGCUCACUGUUAUAUUCUAUGCUCCUUCAAAAUACAAUUAAGGUUUCACCUUAACGGUUAUAACGCGAGUGAAAAGCAUCCAUAUGUAGCAAUAUACACUGUAAACAUGUGAUUUAAAACAAGUUUUGUUCAAUUAUCUGUAAAGUUCAUUCAUAACUAUUUUAUAACAUGUCUGCUAAAUCCACUUACUAUAUUCAAGCAUUUUGCAUUAUUGUUUUUGUUUAACACUAGAAACUGUAAAGUUUAUGUGUAAUAAAAUUAUGUUCUGUUCUGUAACGAUUGUAUGCUGAUGUAGUUGUUGCAUUAACAUUAAGUAGACAUAAAAAUUCGGUAUUCUAUAUACUACUAACAUUUUAUUGUGAUUCAAGUUGUAUUAAGUUUUGUUCUCUAAACAGAUAUUGAAUUAUUUUACUGAUACAACAACAUACGGUAUUAAAGCAGUUCCAUAUAUAGCUAGAUACACUGUUAUCAUGUUUGUCUAAAAUAUCUGUAAAGUCUAUCCAUAACCAAAUUAUGAUAUUUCUGUUAAAUAAAAAACGACAAACUAUAUGUAUUCAUGUAUUUUGU